AGUGAAGAAAAUACAUGAACCUCACAGGACUCACUCCUCAGUUUAUACCGUGUUUUGUUUCAAUUAAUGUAUCAUUUAGUUACAAAUAUGUGAUCUGAACAAAAGUGAUCAAAAAUCAUUAUUGGAAACAUUUUCAUGAUCGCUUUUUUCGUUUUACAGUUUCAUUUAUUGUCAUUUCCAUUCAAUCACAGCUGAGGCAUGAAUCCUUGAUUUCACUCGGUUUAAAAGCCCUGCCUCCAGCAUGCAGCUGGCACAUUUGAAAGACAUGGCGGCAGAAAAACUACACAAGUGGACGGAGGCCCAAACCAGAGCCCUCAUUCUACAGAGGACUGACAAUGAGCACCUGUUUACAGGAAAGAGCUUCACAGCCAAGAAGGCCUGGGGAGAGGUUCUGCAGAAGAUGGAGUUGGAUGAGUUGCUCACUCCCACCCAACUGGCAAAAAAGUGGGACAACCUGAAAAGAAAAUAUAAGGAGCUGAAAACCCCCCCUACAGGGACGGGGACAGAUGCGGGGGAGGCCACGGCAGCCACAUGGCCGUGGUUUUCCCUGAUGCAUGAAGCCAUUGGGAGUCGGCCCUCCAUGGAGCCUCCAGUCCUGAUGGACUCGGCUGACGUGGCCCCCAGUGGGAUUGGCUCUUCAUCCAGUGGAGCUGGGGCCGCUCCUUGUGGCCAGGCAAUGGAGGAAGAGGAGGAUCCUGGGCAGCCUGGCACAAGUAGCAGCACCACUACACUGGAUGAAGAGCCAUCCACCUCUCUCAGUCCCCCGCCUGCCAAGAAGAAGAGGGCAAGUAGGGGGGCCCUAUUAGAGUUUCUGAAAGAGGAGGCCCAACGAGAGCAGGAACGCUUUGAGGCCAAUCAGGCGAACACAAAAAGAUUUUUGGAUUUAUUUGAGAAAUUGGUAAAUAAAUGA